CCUUCCCCCCUCCCCGCUGUUCGAUGCCGGCACCCCCUCCCGGGGCUGAGUCGCUGAGCCCGGGGCACCCCAUCAUGAAGGACCGACUGGGAGACCUGCGGGCGUACAAAGAAAAUUAUGACGAUGAAGUCACUAUUACUGUUGAAAAAGAGCAGUUUAUGGAUGAAUUCUUCCAUCAGGUUGAGGAAAUCCGGGGAUGCAUUGACCAAAUUGCAGAAAAUGUGGAAGAGGUGAAGAAGAAGCACAGCAUCAUCCUAUCUGCACCAAACCCUGAAGGGAAAACCAAAGAAGAACUUGAAGAACUUACAUUAUCAAUUAAGAGAACUGCAAACAGAGUCCGAAAUAAGCUGAAGAUUAUAGAGCAAAGCAUUAAAACGGAAGAUGACGAAAACCAAGGUUCAGUAGAUUUAAGAAUACGCAAAACUCAGCACUCAACUCUAUCCCGAAAAUUUGCGAAUGUGAUGACUGAGUACAACGAGAUUCAAAUCUUGUUCAGGGAGCGCAGCAAAGGACGAAUUCAGCGGCAGCUUGAGAUCACUGGAAGAACAACCACUGAUGAUGAACUGGAAGAGAUGCUGGAAAGUGGUAACCCAUCUAUUUUUACAUCUGAUAUCAUAUCGGACACCCAGAUCACCAGACAGGCUCUUAAUGAGAUUGAAUCACGACACAAAGACAUUAUCAAACUGGAAGCAAGCAUACGAGAGUUGCACGACAUGUUUGUGGACAUGGCCAUGUUAGUGGAACAACAGGGUGAAAUGAUUAAUAACAUAGAGACAAAUGUGGUAAAUGCUACUGAGUAUAUUGAGCGGGCGAAAGAAGAGACUAAAAAAGCAGUUCGAUACCAGAGCAAGGCACGACGGAAAAUAUUCUACAUUAUGAUCUGUGUUGUGGUCCUGUUAGUCAUUAUUGCAAUUAUCAUAGGAGUGACUGUGCCAUCGUAGCGGUCACCUCCAAUGGAACCAUUCGCCAGGAAGAAUUGCUAACAGGUCUUGCAUUGCUGAAUCAGGCUAAUCAUGCAGCUGAGCCUUCUAAUACCACUCUCUUCCCCAUCCCACCCACUGCCUACCCCACCCCCUUUCUUGUUCUGGGAUGAUGCAAGUGUAGCAACAGCAAACAGCUGGACUGCUUCAGACCAAAGCAUUUACUGCCAUUAAUUGACCAGUUGUACAGUUCUUGACCAUUUUUAUACCAUUGUAAUGUUUACUUUUUUUAAAGUUUAAAAAUUUGCUUUGGAAACUGUUUAUAAAGAUUGCAUUAAUUGACAUUGGUGACCAUGUGGCUGCCACUUAAGGAAAGCAAGCACAAUACCAUUUGUAUCAUCUUUUUUGAUUAAUAUGUAAAAGCGUAUUGCUUUCUCUCCCCACCCCGCACUUUGUGGUCAACAAGCGCUGACACCCCAGCAGUCUGCUUCUCCAUCUCUCUCUUUCGUGCUGGCGCACAUGUAUUUUAUAAGAAGCAUUGAUUUGAGCCAACCAGGAUGUAGCAGCUGCAUUGACCAUAACUGGAAGUGACAGUCCGGAAGGCCUGACUUGAUGCUGACUACACGACAUUGCUUAUUGUAAGGGAGGACCACCACCACGAGAGGUACCGUGGUGUAAUGUUUUCACGUUGGGCUUUGGCCAAUUGGUGACAGGACCUACCACCACAUUCCACAACACUUGUUCAUAAGUUAGGAGCUAAGUGUUUUAUUAAGGGUUAAAUUUAGUGAUGAAAAUGUGCAAUGCCUCCCAGAACAAAGAGGCUGGUUUACACUUUUAAAAAGAUAGUUUAAAAACAACUCCACUUCAGCAAACUUGUAUUUAAUAAUUGUACUUUAAGUCAUGCUCCCACUUAUGUUUACAUGUUUUGAAAAAGGUAAAAGCCAUUAAGACAGAUACAUUGUGUUGUUACAGCUGUCAUACGCAUUCUAGUUAGAUUAGGUGAAUGUAUGACAUUGCAAAAUUAUUUUGUACCUGUCUGUAUCCUUUAAUACAUUAUGCUAAGAUGGACACUAAAUGUUUAGAGUGUGUGCAUGCGCGCACGUGCAUUGGUAAAGGCAAGCCAACCUGACCAGUUUGAAGUUAACUGUAUAUUUCUGUUUUAAAACAAAACUCAAAAUAAACUAAGGAUUGUUUUGAACAGUCCUACAAAUACAAAAUUAUUGAUUCACUAAUCUCUUACUGUGUGCCUUCAUGUGUAACCUGAGCACAACAAUCAAAAUUAGAUUAUUGUAGCAGUAUACCAUGUUAGAUUUGCUGAGACAUUGCCUUGUUAGGUUACUUAGGUUAUCACUGUUUAUGGUCAGUUUUUGAGUUAUGCUUUUUUAAUAUAUACACUUUCAAGAGUUAUGUAAUAUCUUCUAAUAUGUAAUAUCCUCUUUGCUGUAAAAAGAACUAAACCUGAGAAUUCUGUAUUCAACCCUCU